UACUUUAUUUAUACCCCGCCACCAUCUCCCCAAUGGGGACUCGGGGCGGCUUACAUGGGGCCAUGCCCAAGACAAUACAAUAUAGCAAAAUGUCAUGCAGCCAGAUCCCAGGGCUGAAUUUCCAAGCCCUGAAUCUGACUUCAUAACAUAAACAUGCGAGCACCUGGCGGGAGAAGAUAAAAUGAGCCUGGGAACUCAGGGGUGAAAGUAUAAACAAUUAUAAUUGCUGUAGUGUGGGGGGGAUAGAAACCUUGGUGGAAAUGUGAUCCAGAAGGUGGGGUUUGAUGAUGAUAUUUGCGUGUGAUAUUACGUUGCAUCAGAAGUGAUAAAAUUAGAUGUAUGUAAACAUUAGGUCAUUCUCGACUUUUCCAAAGUCAUGUAUUCUUCAAUAAAGAUUGUGUUUGAGAGCAGCUGUCUUUGAUCUGCGUUCAGACUGGUCCUUUGAAGUAAGCCUGACAUUAAAGUCGAGAAUCCCAUUUCUCACCCUCCUGCGGAAUUCGCAGUGAAGUGGUAAUGAGCGAGGAAGAAGAUCAAAGCCCAAAUGAGGCAGAGAGGCCUUUGCAAGGGGCCCGGCCGAAGAGAGAAGAGACGCUGCAAGCCAUAGCUUCCUCUACGGGGUACCCCAAGCCGAACGGCGUGACCCAGAGAAUUCCCAGGCUCGGAAGAGGCGUCUCUGCGGCUGCAGAAACCAGUUGGGGAUCUGGAGGAAGUAUGCCGGAGACCGUGGCCCUGCGGUUAUCCAUCCUGGAAACUAAUUUAUCCAGGCUGUCGGAAACCGUGGGGAGAUUGGUGCCAUUAUUGGAAGAGAAUCUCCAGAAGGAGGCCAGCCGAUAUGGCGCCGAGAGAGAACCAAGCAAAGAAGGAGAUUGGAGCCAGAGGGGCCAGCGGGCGUCAACGCAGAGCCCCGUGGCGGCAAGGGACGAGGGAGAUGAGGAAUACUGGCAGGAGCUGCAGUUCCGGGACAGCAUGGCGCGAGAAGUGGAGCGUCAGCGAGCCCUGGGGACCCUGAGGCCGCCGUCUCCAACAGAGCUCCCAACCCCCCGAAUGGGCGUCGGGGUGGAAAGGCCACUGGGGCCAGGGAUCGGGUCCAGUGGAUUCGCAGACGAAGGCGGAGAGGAGCGGGGGGUCCAGGAAGAGGAGGAGGAUGUGCCGUACGACGAGGAAAGGCGAGAUGAGGGGGCUACAGCUAGGCCAGUAUGCGGAUGGGCGGAAGAGCCAACAGCGGCGGCAGACUUCCAGGAGCCGCGCAGAAUGACCACCGGAGUGGGGCGCGGCGUGUUCCAAGGAGCCGCCCGAGGAAACCUGAUGCAACCCUUCCCCAUGCCGCCCAGACAACAUCAAAGGGCUGCAGAAUGGAUGCCUAGAAGGGAAGAUCUCAAGCUGGAAUACGGAGGGGAAUCAGAUGAACUGAACUUUUUUCUAAUUAGCAUUAGAGGAUACAUGGAAGACAACGCACACACAUUUCCCUCCGAAGCAAGCAGGGUUCGAGCCAUCGGCAACACACUAAAGCGAGGAGCGGCCAGCUGGUAUGUGCAAUUGCAUGCCAGACGCGACCCAUGCCUGAGGUCAGUGCCCCGCUUCCUCGCCGCACUGGAGAACCGGUUCAGAGACCGGCUAGAGCAAUUGAGGGCUCGAGACCAGCUGAAAGGAAUAAAACAGAGGGACAAAACGGUGCCCGAGUACGCAGAGGAAUUCCUCCACCUCGCGGAAAGGGUACCGGAGUGGUCUGAAGUAACCAAAGUGGAACUAUUUAAAGAGGGACUACGCCCCGAGAUUUUCAGCUGGGCAGCGCACAGAGACGACCCCGAGACGCUCCAGGGAUGGAUUCAACUAGCGGGGCGCGUCGAAUCUACCCUGGCCCAAGUAAAGCGCUUCAGGAGCAGCAGCGGCCAGCAAAGACCGGUGGCGAGAGGUCGAGGAGAAACGAGGAAGCAAGAAAGACCCGGAGGGAGGCCGGGGAUUCCCUCCAGAGGAGACGACAACAAACCUAAACCGGGAUGCUUUGUAUGUGGGAAGACGGGCCACCGAGCAGCGGAAUGCUGGGCCCGGAAGGGGGAGCCGCCAAAAGCCCCAAAACCCAAGCCAGCAACCGGGAGGCGUGCGGAGGAGGAGGUGCAGGCCCCAGAAUCUUCGGAAAGAUUGGACUAUGGUGAAAGAAGAACCGAAGAGGAGGACGAAGAAAACGGGGGCGCCAUGUCAUGCAGCCAGAUCCCAGGGCUGAAUUUCCAAGCCCUGAAUCUGACUUCAUAACAUAAACAUGCGAGCACCUGGCGGGAGAAGAUAAAAUGAGCCUGGGAACUCAGGGGUGAAAGUAUAAACAAUUAUAAUUGCUGUAGUGUGGGGGGGAUAGAAACCUUGGUGGAAAUGUGAUCCAGAAGGUGGGGUUUGAUGAUGAUAUUUGCGUGUGAUAUUACGUUGCAUCAGAAGUGAUAAAAUUAGAUGUAUGUAAACAUUAGGUCAUUCUCGACUUUUCCAAAGUCAUGUAUUCUUCAAUAAAGAUUGUGUUUGAGAGCAGCUGUCUUUGAUCUGCGUUCAGACUGGUCCUUUGAAGUAAGCCUGACAGCAAAAUAUAAAAACAAUAUAUCAUAAUACAAUGAAACAAUACAAUAAAUAAUCAUGUACAGUACAACAGAAGAAAAAAAAGCAAUAUAACAGGGCAGGCCGCAUGAACACUCAGUUAAAACUUGGGGUGAGAAAAAGAUAAGAAUAAAAACCACGGGGAACAGGGACAUAAGAUAGAAAAACAGUCUAGAGCAGGGGUCCCCAAACUUUUUAAGCAAAGGGCCGGUCCACAAUCCUUCAGACUGUUGAGGGGCCGAAUUAUCAUUUGAAAAAAUAUAUACGAACAAAUUCCUAUGCAUACUGCACAUGUCUUCUUUGUAGUGCAACAACAACAACAACAACGAAAGAACAAUACAAUAUUUAAAAAUGAAAACAAUUUUUACCGACAUAAACCUAUCAGGAUUUCAAUGGAAAGUGUGGGCCUGCUACUGGCCAAUGAGAUAGUCAAGUUAAUUAGGAUUGUUGUUGUUGUGUGCCUUCAAGUCAUUUCAGACUUUGGCCGAGCCUAAGUCUAAAAUUAAUUAUUUAUUUACUGCAUUUAUUUACUACAUUUAUAUCCCACCCUUCUCACCCCGAAGGGGACUCAGAGCAGCUAUAUGUACAUACAAUAUAUUAUAUUAUUAGCUUAACACAAUAUUAGCAUUAUAUAUUACUAUAUUGAACUAUACCACUAUACUAUUAUAUUAUAUGUAAUAUAUAACAUAUAAUUAAUAUUAUUAUAUGGUAUUACUAUUAGUAUUAUAUUGUAUAACAUAAGAUUAUUAUCAAUAUUAUAUGUAUAUACAAUAUAUUAUAUUAUUAAAACUGAUAUAAAAAUAUUAUAUUAUAAAACUGAGGGCGGGGGCCAGGUAAAUGACCUUGGAGGGCCGCAUCCGGCCCCCGGGCCUUAGUUUGGGGACCCCUGGUCUAGAGGAUAGAUGUUGGGGGGAGUAACAAAAGAAGUGUAUAACAGUUACUCUCCGAAAGCACACCGGAAGAGCCAUGUUUUUAAAUCUUUCCUAAAGCUAAAAGAUAAGCAGAUGAUACCACUCUGGUGUCUGGAAGUGAGGAGGAGCGGAGAAGCCUUCUCACCAAGGGGAAAGAAAGAAGAGAGCGCCAAAGCUGGGCUGCAGUUCAACAUCAGAUGAUGUCAACGAGACUGAUUGAUAACUGGCAAGUAGAGAGAGAGAGGAAACGUGGAGGCAGGGACAGGCUUUGUAUUUCUAGGCACAGAGACUCCUACUGCCAGGAAAUCAGAAGGCGUUUCCUUCUCAGGAGGAGAGCGAGGACCCAUCUUGAGGAUAAAAUAGUCAAGAGUCAAGACGUCAGUCACCCUU